AUGGGUCGUGGAAGAAUACCUAUGGAACUCAUCCAGAAGGAGAAAGCCCGUAAGAAAACUUUUGACAAGAGAAAGAAAGGAUUAUUGAAGAAAGCCUAUGAAAUUUCCACUCUUUGUGCGGUUGAUGUUGGCAUAGUUAUCUAUGCUCCCAAGUUUCUCAAUGAACCCGAAACAUGGCCCCAAGACCAAGAUUCAAGAGAGGUCAAACGUAUCAUUCAAAAAUAUCAAAACACCACUAGUGACAGGUAUUCUAAGAUGUAUAAUGUGCAAGAGUAUUUUAACGAUAGAAUGAAAAAGAUUGAAGGUGAGAUUUCCAAAGUGCACAAAGAGAAGAUCAAGCUCAUGUACCCAACUUGGGAUGACUCUUACAAUACUCUUGGAGAGGAACAAUUGCGGAUGUUUGUUAGCAUUUUGGAUGUUAAACUUGAUGCUUGUAAUCAAAGGAUGAAUAUGUUAAAGCGGGAUUCAAAGGGAAAAAGAAUAACUAAAUCAGACAAAACUCAGACACUUACUCCCUGCAUGACCUCAAAUUUCAUGUCUCAAACACAACAACUUUUUCCAUCUAGUGAUAACAACCAAGUAGCAUUUUACCCAUGUCAGCUUAGCCAAAGUUCUCAACCUUCCAUGUUCCAUUUUGGUCAAAGUUGCAUGCAAUUCAUGGAAAAAAAUGCAAUGGUGGAUUGGGCUAAUCAAGUUGGUGUCGGUGCUUGUGAUCCUAAAAUGGGUGUAUUAAAGGAGGAUGGAUCUGACAAAAAUCAAAACUCCUCACCAUGCUACAACGGAAAUAUGCAAACUCUUCCUUCUCAAUUGCAGUACGAUGCAACUUUUCAGACCCUACCAAAUCAACUAGAACAACCAUCAGGGGUUGAACUUAAUGGUUUUUACGAUUCAAAUAUGCUUCAAUUAUCUCAAUUUUUUAACUACAUGCAUGGAAGGAAGUAG